UUGGACCGAACAUUUGAUUAACGUCUGUGUUUAUGAAAAGUCGAAUCGCAGAAUGGUACUUUAUGAAGAAAAUUGCCUAAGGUUUUAUUAAUGUUUUGACCUUGGUAAACAGUCUUACUCAAAGAAAAUGGCUCAUAUAUUCUGCAAAGCGCUUUGCGGUGCCUCAUUUUUGUUGCAAGUCAGCAAAAUGCAAGCUGGUUUGUUUUUUACGUGCGUUUUGCUUUUUUCGUGUGUGGUAGAUGGUCUCAACUAUCGGGAUUGCGGUUCUACAGUUGGAACAUUAUUGGAUUUAAAUGUCAGUGGCUGUGAUGGCAAGGAGCAAUGCCCUCUAAAACGUGGAACAGAUGUAGAAAUUGUUAUCACAUAUAGAGCAAAUGACAGCAUCAAACGGAUUAAACCUGUUGUUAAAGGUAAACUGUCGAUUUUACCUGCCGUGCCUUUUAAUGGCGUACAAGCUAACGGCUGUCAAAGUACGCAACCAUCUUGCCCUCUAAAUGCAGGUGAUAUCAGUGUCUACCGAAAUAUAAUACCUGUCAAAAGCUGGUAUCCAACUGUAUCUGUGGAAGUCCACUGGGCUUUAGAGGAUGAGCAAAAGAGAAAUAUUGUGUGUGUUAAGAUACCUUCUAAAAUAGAAGAAUAAAAUCGUAGCGUCAUACUAAAAGUCGCAAAAUGGAGGAAUAACGAGUUAAAUUAUUUUUAUACGAAAAGAAAGUAAAGGGCUGUAUCUAAUGCAUCAUUUUCAAACUAAACUGGGUUUAGUUCUUAUGCUUUUUAUUUCUUUGAUGUCUAAUGAUUAAGUCCUGAAGCAAAUGUUUUCCGUUUUCAAUUUUGUGGUAUGUAUUCUUACUAAAUUAUGGUACUCUGCAUGAAUCAGCAUUAAAUAGUACUCUAAUGGCAUAUGUGUUUGAUAUAAGAAAGUAUAAUUUGUUUUAUGAUUCAAUACUUCAUGACAUAGAAACAGUAAUGCGUUGUUGUUAUUGUUGAAAUAACGUUGGUCAUGAGAAUUAAUUCAUCCGACGAUCUAGAAGAUACUUUUGAACCAAAAAGGACCUUAUAUGGCCUUAUUCGUUUUUAUUUCAAUGAUCGAUAGCUGUCAAAGCUCGAAUUGAUUUUGUGUUGUUCUGUUGGAUGAGUUUCUAUCGUACUGCAACAUUUAAGUGUUGCGUUUCCAGCGAUCAAAAGAAGGCCGAGGUGCUUAGUAACGAUAAAUGCAUAAUUAACAAUUUAGUCAUUAAGAAUGAUAUGUUUGCUGAUGUUGAGGGUUGAGACUAAACUUCAUAUGUUUGAAAGAGAACUUAUGUGACCUAAUUCGUUUUCAUCCCAAUAUUUAAUAACUGUCAAAGCUCUAAGUGAUUUCGUGUUUUUCUUGUGGACGAGUUUCUAUUGUACUGCAACAUUUACGUGUAACCUUUCUAUCGAUCAAAGACGUAUAAAAAGUGCAUAGUAAUGUUAAAAUUUGAAUUAACAACUUAAUCAUGAAGAAAGAUAAGAGAGAUACGUUUACUGAUAUUGAGUACUAAGACUAAACUUCAAAUGAUAGAGAGAGAUAGCGAGAUGUAAUUGAUAAGAUAUGUGUGUAAAAAUUCAUAAUUAACGACUUAAGGCGAUACGGGGGUUUCAAUUUUUUUUAAAGUAAUUUUCAACGAAUUUCUUUGAAAUUUUCAGAAUAGUUACAUGAUGCUAAUACCAACUCAAAUAUAAAUUUCAUUAAGUUAUUUUAAAAUUCAAUUUGUUUUAAAAUUUAAAUUUAGAUUUUAUGACGCUUUUGUGAUAUUACUCCUUGCAAACGAAAAUUCAUCAAAUUUAUUAAAUACUACUAGCUAAAUAUGAUACGUAAAACAACCGAAAUUAGGAUAUUAGAAUUACUUUUUCAAAAUUUUGUGGUAAAGAUAAAUAAUGAGAAAAAAAAGCCAAAAACAAGACGUUUUCGAUAAAAUAUGUUCAUAUUUCAAUAAAAUAUAGCAAAUAUACUCCACAAAACGAAUCAAACAGAAAAAUCUUUCACAACAAAAUGUUAACAAACCACUUAAAUUCUUGGCAUAAAAAUUUCAGCAAAUUUAAAUAAUAAUUCGUUUGCAAGGAGCAGUUUGAAUUUUGUAAUUAUAUGGAAAAUUAGUUUUUGAGGAAAUCAACAUUUUCUGUUUUACUAUUGCAAAUUUCGUUAUUAAAUAAAUAAUUUAGUUUUAAUACAAAUUCACCACACAUAAGGUCUUAUGAUUCAUUAGAAAUGGUGUUAGUAUUAAAAAUUUAAAUAUUAUAUGCUUUUUUUUUACUCAUGCAUUUUAUAGGCAUUUUUUAGUAAAGAAAGGGGCGUGGCUCUCACAAAAAGUGUCAUAACUUCACCAGUUUUACACUGAUUCAAUUCUUUUUUUUUUUUUUUUAACGGUUCAGAUGAAGGUUUAGUUUUUAGAAAUAUAAUGAAUGAAAAAAGGUUUGUUUGACUAAUUUUUACUCAUCUAAAAGCCCCUUAUCGCCUUAAACAUGAAGAAAGAUACGUUUACUGAUAUUGAGUGAUGAGACUAAACUUCAAAUGAUUGAGAGAGAUAGCGAGAUAUAAUUAAUAAGAUAUAUGUGUAAAACAGUCUCUAACUUUUCCUUCAAAGAAAAAUUCCGUUAUCGUCACAAACCAACAACAUUAUUUUUUUGGCAUUCUCAGGUUUCUGAAUAUAUAGGGCUGUGAUAACUCAACUGUUGUAAAGUACAUGCUUUGUUUUGUGAAAAUUUUGUUUUUUAAAACCUUCAGUGCAUUUUUUGCUUUGGAUUUAAUAAAAAAUUCUUGAAAAUCAAACAUA